AGUUCAAGCACAGGAGAAGGACGAUGCAAGUCACAUUUUUCCUCUUGUGUGGAUUGUUUGGUUUGAGCAUUGCUACCAUAAGUUUCCAAUCAAGUUAUUCAUUGUUAGAUGAGGAGUGUAUUUGUUCAUGGAGUGCUAUUAAAACAGUUUCUAACCUUGACCUUGGAGAAAUUGGUUGCGCUUCACUGUGUGCCAUUGAAGAAGAUAAUGAUUGCCGCGGAUACCUAAAAAAUGAAGAAACGGAGACUUGUGAUCUUGUCGCCAUCUCAAAUGCCAUUGUGUGCGUAAAUAUGUCCAUCAACGAAAUAGACAUAAAAAGGUUGAAAGUCCAAGCAUUCAACGCCAAACCUUCAAAAAGAGGCCUUUAUUUAGGACUUCCUCAAAUUGGAAAAGCAGUCCCAUUGUCCAACAUGCAACUACCAGACAUAUCUAUCCCAAGCAACAUUGCUCUCAUGGAUCAGACGAUUGAAUACCAAAAAGGAAUCUUAGGCUGCAGUGGGGACAAACAAUGUUGGUUUUGGGAGCCCGGAUUUGAUGAAUGGCAACCAUUUGCCUCUCCUCAGAGCAAUCACUUUUUUGGAAAAAUGGUGCUACUUCAGGGCAAACCUUUGUUGAUUGGAGGUUGUGACUCUUAUGAUAAGACAUGCUCACCAUUGGACAAGGUUGAAGUGUAUGAAGAGAGCGACAAACAAUGGCAUUACAAGGCAUCAUUACCGCAACCUGUCAGAAGUUUUGCAGCUAUAGUUGUGGACAAUGGAACCAAAGUAAUUGUGGCGGGUGGUAAAUUAUCCCCUAGUACUACGUAUUUUGUUACGAUUUUCCAACUUCUCAUCAAUGCCUGGACGGAUUUGAAUUCAUCACCUAAUCGCAUUUGUUGUCAAUUAGGAACCCGAGUGACGCUUCCAGACACUCGGGAGGGGUUUCUGAUGGUGGGCGGAUUUCUUGAUGGCUCUUAUGCACUAAGCGAUAAGGCGUUCUUUAUGGAUUUGGAGACCAUGUCUUGGGAGAGUCUUGCAGCCUUCGACACUAUAGGAAACAUUAUGCAUGAUGGUGAAAUGUUUUAUCUUGAAGGGCAAGUAUUCGUUAUCCCACAUUAUGAAGGUGACACUAGGUAAGACGCCUCGAGGAUUCUCUCGAGGGAUAUGACGGACAGCAACGCUCAAUGGAUACCGCACGACAUGUCAGCAAAGUUCAACUUGGGAAAAAUCAGUACAAUAUCUAUUGAAGUUGAAGAAUUUCCAAUUGACUGGAUUUCAGCUUAAGAUAAAAGCCCAAUGUUUUAUUCUUGAAUAUUUUUUUUCCUUUCAAAAAAAUAAAUAA